AUGAAACCGUCUGGCUCACCGUGCCCUCUCGACCAAAUAUCUGUUAUCUGUCUUAAACGCUGCCCAUAUCUACGUACUUAUUUAACUGAAAUUAUCCAUGCUGCCUGGUCAUCUGGUAUUGUUCCAUCAGAAUGGAAAAAAGCGUGCACGAUAUUGAUUCACAAAAAAGACGAAACUGACAAUCCCGCUAACUUCAGACCAAUAACUCUAGAAUCUGUUCCGCUCAAAGUUUUUACGUCGUGUCUUCGUAACAAAAUUUUCGCUUUCCUAUUUGAAAACAAUUACAUAGAACAUGACAUCCAGAAAGGUUUUACCCCAAACGUUGCAGGAACUGUUGAACAUACAGCCCAUAUGGCGCACAUAAUCAACACAGCCCGUAUAAAACAAAGGUCACUUGUAAUCACUUUACUCGAUCUGAAGAAUGCAUUCGGUGAACUACAUCACAACCUUAUUUACAAAGUUCUCCAAUAUCAUCAUAUACCUGAUCCUAUAAAUGAACUAAUCCGGAGUGUUUAUACUAACUUCCAAACAUCUAUCAUAACUGAAAAAUUCAGUACCCCUUUCAUUACCGUCGGCCGUGGCGUUUUACAAGGUGACUGCCUUAGUCCACUCCUUUUCAAUAUGUCCUUUAAUACCUUCGUACAACACAUUAAAUCUGAAUCAUUCCUGCAGCUUGGUUUUUGGAAAUUUAAUAAAACUGGUAUUUCGUGUAAUCCAAUUCAUUGGUUCCAGUUUGCAGACGACGCGGCUGUCAUUAGUAGCCAAGAAAAAGAAAAUCAAAUCCUACUCAAUCGCUUCUCGGUAUGGUGUCAAUGGGCCAAUAUGAUUAUACGUGUUGACAAGUGCUCUACGUUCGGUAUCAAAAAACACUCAUCUAAAUCUGUUCAAUAUCAACCUAAAUUGCUUAUUAGCCACCUACUUGUACCCCGUACCGAAACUGGCGAAUCUUUCCGCUACCUUGGUCGUUAUUUUAAUUUCAACAUGUCAGAUGAAAAACACCAAUCGGAUAUAUGUAACUUGUUUAAUAAUAUCAUAUCUAAAAUAGAUGAAUUACAUUUGCACCCCCGAAAUAAAAUCCUGCUAUACAGUCGCUACUUGCUCUCGAAAAUCUCAUGGGACUUCACAAUAACUGAUAUAUCUCAAACAUGGGUUUGCGAGACUUUGGACGGUAUUGCUACUAAACAUAUACGAAAAUGGCUCGAACUGCCAAUAUCUGCAACCCUAAGCAAUGUCUAUCUCCCUUACAACAAACCCGGUUUAAAUGUCAUUCUACCUUCAACGAAGUUUAUACAGUGCCAAACUGUCUCACGCUUAGCUUUAAAGUCAUCGACAAAUGAAAACAUACGUGAAUUAUGGUCAAUAACAAGCACCAAUAGGAACAUUCAGUACGACAUUUACCCAAACACAAAAGAUGUAUUGAAGGCAUUUAGACAAAAAAACGAACAGCGACUACAAAAUAACCUAACUUCACAAGGUUCUUUUUUCUCAAACAUCGUGAAAAACUCCACGUUGGCAUUCAAUUCCCUAUGGUCAUCGGUUCAUUCAAAACUUCCUAAGAACAUAUUUAACUUCAGUCUACGUUACAUCAACAAUUCUUUGCUUACUAGGAAAAACCUAGUUAAAUGGGGACUGUCAUCAUCUGCUGACUGUUCGUUCUGCUUCUGCCCUGAAUCGCUUUUGCACAUAAUCUCUGGAUGUAAGACAUAUCUAAACGAAGGGAGAUAUACAUGGCGACAUGAUUCAGUUUUGAAUCCCAUUGCGUCCAGCCUUCUCGACGUCGGAACUAGGUCCAAAAUGUAUGUAGAUCUGCCUGGAUUUAUUAGCCCAUCUGUCAUCACCGGUGACGAGUUACGACCAGACCUUCUAUUGACAAUCGAAAAUAAGACCCUGUACAUUCUAGAAUUAACUGUUGGAUUCGAAACAAACCUGAAAACUAACUCAGAUCGAAAACAUGAAAAAUAUUUGACUCUAAUUACCGAUCAAGAAAAUAUAUAUGAUGAAGUUAAGUUUGUUAAUGUAUCUAUAAGCUCUUUAGGUGUAUUUGGUGAAUCGACGAAUAUUUUAUUUGAUAUGCUCCAUGAUCUGAAGUACGACGAACAAUGUAUUAAAUAUGUAAAAAAGAAAAUAAUUGCUACUUGUAUUCGCACGUCAUAUUAUAUAUUCUGUAGACGAAACAAAGACUGGAACAACCCAGAACUUUUAAACUUUUAA